CCUGCUAUCUCAGGUAGAAUAUAACUUUGGUUUUAAUGAUGGUUGGCAAAAACGUGGCUGUGGCGUUGGCGGUGGUGUCGUGGGUGGGAUGCCUGGUGGUGGCGCUGAGUCAUCCUGAAGGUGUUGCAAGACGGAAGAGUUUGGACAGCGUUGAUCUAGCCCACCCUAUAGAUAACCCUCUGGCUCUAGACCGGCCCGCUGCUGAUGGUGAUCACAAGAAAUAUUCGACUGCAAUCGACAUCAAUAAGUUCCCCAAAGAAACAAUGAUGAGAGAAAGUGAUUUCGAGAGAGAAAAGAGAAGAGAAAUGGAAGUUGCUAGGGAGCGAGAACAAAUUAACAUGACGAGAGAAGCUAUACACAGUGUUCAAACCAGUGAAUUGGACAGGGAAAGGGAAGAUGACAGGCAAAGAGAAAUUUUACGAGAAAUUAUGAAGGCUGAGGAAAGGAAAAGAGAAAUUUUACAGAGAAAGCCAACUGUACCUUUGCAUGCAAGAAAAGUAGAUAGACUUAUUUCAGUACAUGAUCAGACAAACACCAACAGAAGUGAGCAUAUCAGUUUACAGAGACAGAUUGACAGAUCAUUACGAGGCGGGGAUGCUGUUGAGGUCAAGGGCAACCCUCAGAGAAGCACGCUGCAUGAUGACGGUGAUGGUGGCUGGUCACAAUCUUAUCUCAAUGUGGACCAGUUGCACCAUGAUCAAAGCCGCCGGAAAGCCCCCAUUCUCAUCCUCGAACAAGUUCCUGUGAGAUACCCAGACUCUGUAGAAUCUGUUUAUUUCUCCGAGACACAUUCCGAAGAGUCCCGUGGAGGAGGCUAUAGUAACAAAGAAGGCAGGCCUGCCAGUGACCGUCGCUUCGUGGACUCAACUCGUGAAACAACACUUGUGGACCCCCGCGCCCCUGACCGGCCUGUUAUACUGCCGAGACCAAGUACUGCCAUCGUGGACCGUCGCCCAGACCGACUCAACUACCCUUAUAAAUACGAUGAAAUUAACCUUGCUGUUUUCAAUGAUCCAGCUAAACACCACAAAGACCCGCUUGAUAAUCUUCCUAUUGACCAAAGCUUUUUUCCCAUUGGAGAACCGGGCCCCACACGAUCCCUCGUCCCUCAUGCCCCUUAUGGUUUACCCCACAGCGUUGAAGGCCUCGAUGCAGCGGCUCAUGCAGAUGCCACCAACCUACAUUUGGCACUGGAACAAGCUUUGGUUGCUGAACACACCCUUCAUGCCCAGGCCAUCCAGGCAGGCAAAAUAAAGGAAGCGGCAGUAGCGGCACACUUAGUCAAUCAAGCUGCAGCACACCGACUUGCAACCCAACAACUUGCAGCACAGAACGUUGCAGCUCAGCAACUUGUAGCACAAAAAGCAGCAGUUCAGCAGCUUGCAGUACAGAAAGCUGCAGCCCAGCAGCUUGCAGCACAGAAAGCUGAAGUCCAACGCAUUGCAGCUGGAACGGCAGCGUCCAAGCUUAAGGCAGCCCAACUCGGCCAUAUAGCUGCAGGAAAUGAAGCUAUAAAAACAGCCAUCAAAACAAGCCUUGAAAGUGAAAUAACUCAUCGUCUAAAGAAACUCAUACCCCAAGAUUCGCUUGCUAGAGUGCUUUCCGGAGCAGGGGUGGAGGUGCAGGUGGGCGGUGCCUCGGUAGCUGCACCAUUCACUCCAAACCUUCAACAUCACCUCAUCCCCAGAGGUCAACAAAUACAACAGAUGCGACAGGAGCUCCUACAUAGACUAAGUCUCCUUAAGCCGUACUUCGAGAGGAGCACUUCAGGUUACGUUGUGCCGAGUGUCAUCCCGGACCUGCCCCGCGGAGAGCACUUCACUCCACUCCAAGUCGAGGCUCUUCCCAAGGUCGUACUGCAGAUUCCAAAUGAAGUGGUGCACCCAAUAUCUCUGCACGUGGAUGACUUGGAAGAAAAGCUGCGCCCCCCCCUGAACGUGGAGUUCUUGGAGUACUUGUUGGGUCUUCCCGACGAUCUGUUCCUGGUCGUUACCAACCUAUCGAAGCUUCAGUUCCUGGCCAUGCUGUUUCCACGCCUGUACCGCUCCUCCGUCCAGCUCCUGACCCCUUUCAAUAACACCAGCGUUCUCGCCGACACACCGGUUUACACACUCUCCACGACUACUCCUUCGUCUCCCUACGUCACCACGGAGAUACAUCCACAUCACAAGUCACAGUAUACUCACCCUUCAUACGAGACUCCACCUGUAAACUCAGCCUACCAUACAACCCUCCGUCCCACCUCGACAGGCUACUCAUUUACCUCUUCGCCUCUUUACCCAGUUACUACAACAUCAUCAGUACACAAGAUUAACAUUGCGCCUCACCCACCCUCGCUAUCCUCGCUGGGCUACGGAAACCCAAAACCUUCCUCUGUUAUUGAGUUAAGUGACCUUCCAAAUAAUUAUGGAGAUAAGGAGCACCACCACCCUAAACACCAUCUCGUUAAGAACCAACAGGAGUACACUCACGGUCACGAUAGCGAAGAAAACAGCAACGGUAGCCACAAGCACGUCCACCAUCACCACGUCCAUCAUCAUCUUCACAGUGUGGCGUCCACGUCUGCGUCACCAUCAUCUAUCACUGUCAAGGAGCCCAUCCACACCAGCUUCCAAAGCGGCGAAGGGUCGGACCAUCAAACUGUACAUAAGCACUUCCACCUCCUGCUGCCUGAGGCUCAUCAGGACAAGGGGAAAACCGUCCCCCGUUCAGACGGGGCGUUGUUGGCGUCGACAACUCCACGCAUCGCUGCCUCGUCUCCAGUAAGCGGGGUUGGACUUCGACCUCACGGGAGCAACCUGCUGUUCUCCACUCCUGCAUCCACCACGAGACAUGUUCUCCUUUCCUCCCCCUUUACUCCUUUACUUCCCAACACAACUCCAACAACUGCACUCACUUCGUCUUAUUCAUCCUAUCUUCCAACUUUCUCUGAUACGUCUCACCAUUCAGCAAGCUCCACUACCAAUAGUCGCUCUUUUCUAGACGACUCUCCAUCAUUAACGUAUGUGUCACCUCAGUCCUUAAAACCAACCACAACAAUCUCAUCAUCUACUACUGUCCAGCAUUUUGUCCUCACUACCACUGCAAAGCCCGUAGUCCCUUUUACCAGUACCCACCCCUUUCCCUCAUCCUCUGGACCCUUCACGCCGGCCACCUCUCCAAUCUUCACUGUGACACAGAUACCAUCGACUCCGGACUCGAGCACGGUGUUACGUUUGGGCCCCAACGUCACCCUCAAUGGACAGUUUCUUCCGAGUCUCACGAAACUGCUGCUCCAUGAUUCAGGAAGGAAGGAAUCUGAGGAGAGUAACAGCAAUGCAUAUGAGCCGCUCGUUGAGAAGCUGAGUCUAGCAUCCGAGGAGGGCAGCGGUUUUGAUCGCGUCCCAGGCACCGACUCCAACGACGACGAUCAUAUUCUCUCUCCCUUCAGCAAGAGGAAAGGCAACACGACUCACACCACGCAACAAACAAAAAACGAUUCCAGUGUUGAGUUUCCCGAGGAGGUAAAGAGGGUGACAGUUUCCCAGACCACAUCCAGCAGUGACGGAUGGCGCCCCAUCAUCAAACCCCCUCAUCAGAAACCUCAAAUAAAUGUCUCUGCGCCUCCUCCUGCGUCGGUGGUAUUGCCGCAAAGGGACUUGCAUACUCAAAAGAACCAUCCUGUGCCUCAACUUGUUGGAGCAGACGGCCUUCCCCUGGCACAGCCCUUGCUUGAGCUCCACCAGGCAGACUUAGUGAUCCCUGCAGGAAAAACUCUCUCAGCUACGCUCAAACCUUUACCUCUGACUGCUGACGACAUCGCUGAGCUUCCGUCAUACUUGAGGGAAGCUCCACCUUGCGCCAGCGUCCUUACCGAAAAAUCUUUCUGCCUCUUGCCACACGGAUACCCGAGCGAACUGGCGUCUUUCCUGGUGAAAAAGUAUAGUGAAGAACUGGCCGAGAUAUGGAAGGUACUGCCUCAACACACGCACCGCCCACCACCACCACCUGACUCCGAAGGCCUGCUGAGGACAGGCGUUGACACCAGUGUCCAAUGCGAGGUCGAAGAAAAAACAGUGGAGCUCAGUUGGUCACGUGAUGUUCUUAAGAUAUUUCCGAUACUUCACAACGUGUUCAACUUUCUUUACGUCCAGAUUCACGACGAAAAGUAG